AAGAAGAAUAACCGUUGAAAAGGUUGAAACCUGUAUCUCGGUAUCACUCAACUUGUUUACAGACGCUGAGACCUCUACAAGGCAUAAGUUUGUUUCACUGACAAAACCGAUAUACAACAGUGUAAAGAACAACAACACAUCUUUCAUAACACGUUGUGCUAUAAAGUUUAUGUUCAAGAGAUAUUUUAUCUCAUUUUCACAAUUGCAUUUUCCAGAGCAAGAAACAUUUCGAAAGUUAAAUUAUGCUUCCAUUUCCGUUACCCUCUUACCCUUCAACUAUCAGAGCAAAUCCUUCCCUAAACGUUACGGUGGUUGACAACAGCUCUGACUGGUGGUCAUUAUAUUCUUCUCUUCUCACCGACUAUUUUGCAGUGACCGUUAUUAUUGAGGCGGUGCUCAUGAUUUCCAUUUUUGCAGGGAACAUCCUGGUGGGAGUCGUGGUCCUCAGGUCACCACAUCUUCGGACUUACACAAACAUGUUCCUUUUGAGUCUGAGUGCCUCAGAUGCUCUGUCUGGAGUCUCCAUUAUCGUGAUUGUGCUGACCAUCCUAAAGCCCACAGUGACCAUGUACAUUCCAGCGUGUAAAUUAAGAUAUGCUAUGUUGAUGUCUUGUUGGAUGGCCUCAAUCCACAGUCUAUUGGCCAUCACAUUUGACCGGCUAGUAGCCGUAGUCCACCCUCUAUAUUAUCAGAUGCUAAUGACUAAGAUCAGAGUAUUCAUUGUUUUAUGUGGGAUUUGGACUUAUAGCAUUGGAGUGGGCGCUGCAGUAUUUGUGUUAAACGAGCCCCCAACCUUAAAUGAAAGUGUUUGUGACUUACUGAUAAAUAUAUCUCGUGAUUACUUACUUUAUUGUGCAUCUAACUUCGUGUUAGUCGUGCUGGCCAUAUUGUUUUGCUACUGGCGUAUAUUCCUGGUUGCUCGGAAUCAGGCCCGAAGGUCUCCCCCUGGAUUUCCAUCAUCCUAUUUCCAUAGUCCGCGGAAGAGCUGGUCCGUGUUGAAAGACAGGAAAUACGUCCGAACUCUAGCCAUGGUCAUUGGAGUGCUCUUAAUCUGUUGGGUACCUUUAGUGAUUAUUCUAUUGUUGGAGCUGACACGUGGUAUCUCACAUUCCUUGCAAACUGCCCGAAUCAUUGCCAGUUUCUUCUGUCAGUUCAAUUCAUUCAUUAAUCCUAUUGUGUACACGUGGCGGAACAGUGAGUUCAGCAGCGCCCUUAGCAAGAUUUGUAGUGGACAUAAAGUCCAGCCUGCUCAGUCGCUCACAGUUUCUACUAUCUUGUCACCGCGCAGUUCUACUUAGAAAGCAUGAGGUUUAUUCUCUUCCUUGUCACAUUUGACUAAUCUAUUUCUUUAAAUUAUCAUCCUACAUUUUUGCUUGUCCAUCUUCUUAACUUAUCUAUUUCUUGAAAAUAUGAACAAGCAUAUGUGUUACCGAGUGUUCGAGUGGCGCUCGUCUCUACCAUUGUAUGAUAACACAAAUUCUCUAACUUUAUUUCGUCAUUAGUUGCAGCCUUCUGAUUUCUUGAAAAUAUAUCAAGAAUGGUUAAAUUUUCCAAUUACAAGUACAUUAAGGCACAUAAAAACUAAACGUUUUAACCAAUCAUUACGCGGAAUGUUGUUUCUAAAUGUCAUUGGCCGAUAUAGAAAUAUUUUAUUUAUCAUGAUGAAUAGUGUGAUAUUAUAUUAAUAGACCUAAAGAUUACUGACCAAUUAUAACUUUAUGAGCCUGCGCAUGUAAUGUGAUUCUGUUAGGUGUCUGUAUUUAAUAUUAUUGUAUGUUACAAAAAAACUGUGAUUGCUUAUUCUAUUAUUAUUUAUGUUUACGCGUCAAUACAUGUCGUAAAAACUGUGUUUGUAUCCGAUUUUACUGAUGCUUGUAUAUAAUAUUACUGUAGGCUAUGAAAAACUAUGGUUGUAUCCGAUUUUACUGAUGCUUGUACAUAAUAUUACUGUAGGCUAUGAAAAACUAUGGUUGUAUCCGAUUUUACUGAUGCUUGUACAUAAUAUUACUGUAGGCUAUGAAAAACUGUGGUUGUAUCCGAUUUUACUGAUGCUUGUACAUAAUAUUACUGUAGGCUAUGAAAAACUGUGGUUGUAUCCGAUUUUACUGAUGCUUGUACAUAAUAUUACUGUAGGCUAUGAAAAACUGUGGUUGUAUCCGAUUUUACUGAUGCUUGUACAUAAUAUUACUGUAGGCUAUGAAAAACUGUGGUUGUAUCCGAUUUUACUGAUGCUUGUACAUAUUAUUACUGCAGGUUAUGAAAAACUGUGGUUGCCUAUUUUACUUUCAUGUUUACACAUUAAUGUAUGCUGUAAAACUAAGGUUGAAUUUGGUUUCACUAUUUUUUGUAUGUAACAAAACGACGGAAGUAUAUGUUUUUAUU